AUGGCGCCACCUCCUCAAGGGCUUGCCGUAUACAAGAAGAAAGAUGGGACAUUGAGUAUAUCUAAAGACGAAAAGUCAAUUCAAUGGUUACCUUUGAAGGCGGAUGGAGGGGGAGCUACGGUGAAUAUCGCGGUAGCAGAUAUUACAAAUUUGCAGCAGACACCCGAAACCGCUGCAAAGGUAAUGUUGAAAGUUUUUGAGAAGUCAGCAAAUUCCCCGGAAUCAGUGACCCAUCUUUUCCAUUUCAAUUCCCCUGCAAAUCCACGUGGGGAAGCGAAUGCUAUCAAAGAUGCCUUGACAAAUUUGAUUAGUGCGUUGAAAGCAGCGGAUUCAAAUGUGCCCAAGGCAAAUGGUUCUGGGCCUGCUUCGGCAGCCAUGGCAAUGGCGAGCGCCGUAGCAUCAAAGCCUGGUUCUGGGAAUGCCAGGUUUUAUGAUGAUGCUCAGUUGAAGACGGAUAUCGAGUUGCAACAAUCACUCAUGAAGAAGGAUCCAGCACUGCAGCGAACUUAUAUGGAAGCAAGACGGACUAAGCCAGACACGAUAUCAGAUUCCCAAUUUAACUCACAAUUUUGGUCGGCACGAACAAAUCUCUUGCGAGCUCAUGCAGUUGAAUCUAGCCAAAAAAGGGGUCCUUACAAUGUCUUGUCUGCCGUGAAACCACGCCAAGUUGAUGGGGAGCUGAAGAUGAAUAUCAGUGCGGAGCAAGUCCAACUAAUCUUCAGUCAACAUCCACUUGUCAAGAGAGUUUACGACGAGAAUGUUCCUAAACUCAAUGAGAUGGAUUUUUGGUCAAGAUUUUUCCUCAGUCGCCUAUUCAAGAAACUCAAGGGGGAGCGCAUUAGUGAACAAGAUAGUCUUGACCCUACUUUUGAUAGGUAUUUGAAUGCCAAUACUGAUGAUGGACUCGAUCGAAGACUCCUUUCUACUCACAUUCCUCACAUCAUCGAUCUUGAGGGCAACGAAGAGAACCAAGGGGGUAUCAGAGCAGGCAAUCGAAAGGACUUUACAAUGCGACCUGAAGCAUCAGGAAAAGUACCAAUUGUUCGAACUCUCAAUAGCUUGAGCGAGAAAAUCAUGGCUCAUGUUACCCCAUCUGAUGUAGAUCCCUCAGAUCCUAUCGGUAUGGAUGAGGAAACAUUCAAUUCUUUGGCAUUAAGAGAUCUUCAGGGCGAUGCAGAAGAGAACAGAAUCAUGCUCAACAUCAAAGAACAGAGCCAAUUCCUUUCAAGCGAAAAGUCUGCUAUAUCCGAAGAAGCCGCUCUUUAUGCAAAGCAAAUACCUUCCGAUGUUCUGCUUGGUUUGCAAUCUGAUCUCGACCCCACAUUAAUGGGCGCUGAUUCUGCUGGCGGUUUAGACCUACGGACAGCUAUCGGAGUGAAUGAAGAGAGUGACAGCGAGGAAGAGGAAAAACAUAAGACUCCUCAUGUUGGAAGCAAAAGCAGUUUUGUGGAUGCCCAAAAUCAAAUUUUCGAAGGGAUUGCAUCACGACGGACAGAAAUGGAUGGUUCUAGUACUACAUCCGCGUUAGCGGGUUUAUCGCAAAAGCUUUUUGAUAGAUUGACACUGACACAUGCCACUACUGUCGAAUUCCUUCAUCAUUUCUGGCUUAUAUUCCUUUCAGGAGAUCCUGAUCGAGCAGGUGAGCUUGCAAAGAUGGUUGAGACACUUGAUAGAGCGAUGGAUCGGAUCAAUGCUGUCGCAGCUGAUGCCGAACAUGAGAGAGAUGAGAUCAUCGAGAGACAGAAAGCACAUCUAAGAGAUGUUUGGGAGAAGACGGGGAAGAAAAUAAAGUGGAAUCCUGAUUCCGUUGGGGGAGGUUCAAAAGUAGUCGGAGAAAUGAUGCAACCUACCAUCAAAACUUUAGAGAAGGCAUCGAGGGAGUAUCGAAAGGCGUUAGCGGCUGAAGGUGUAGAGGGAACUUGA